ACGAAACGAACGUCAUGCCUUCCUACUUCCGCAGCCUCUUCGGUGGUGGCUCGUCCUCCAAGACGCAGACCCGUCCCGCUCCUGCUCCUUCCCCGAUCUAUGCCACGCCCGGCGCGGCUGGCUCGCGCGCAGGUCUGUCGACACCGCAGAUGCAGCGCAGCUACAGCCACACCCAAGCACGUUCAACGACCCCUUCUCCCCUGCGGUACGCUACGACCACUGCGGACACACGGACCGUCUAUGGCUACGGCAGAAGGCCAGCAGCCACUCAGCCGACGCCUGAGCCCCGUGCGCAUGCCGCACGCCGUGCAAGCUACAAGACGCCAGAGACCCCACGGCCGGCCUUGUACACGCCCUCGCUCUCGUACGCGACGCCGCCGAGCUCCCGUUCGAACUCGAGCUCAUCCCUGUACCCUGGCACCCCCGGCAUCCCUCGGACGUCGAGCUCCGACGCAGGCCACUAUGGCCAUACUCGUCCGCCUCUGCGCCAGAACCACACUUGGCAGUCCGGCGGCACCGUGGGCAGCAGCUCCUCAUACGGCUCGCGCGGCCGCUCGUCCUCGCAGACGUCGCUGCACCAGCAGACGCGGAGCACGACGCUGCACAUGCACCCGCUGCUCGCGUACACGCGCCUGCACCGCGCCCCCAUCAUGUACGACGUGAUCUUCACGCCGUCCGCGCGCACCGUCGUCGACCGCUCGACGCGCUCCGCGAUCCACUCCAGCAUCCUCAACCAGCCCGCGACGGACCCGCCGAUCCCCGCCGGGGGCCGCCUCGUCCUGCACUCGCACAAGUUCCCGUGGGCGAUCGUCGCGACCGCCUCGGGGCACAGCUCGCCGUCGAGCGCGGACCCCGCGCAGCGCCGGCCGCGCUUCACCGUCGGCCCGCCCCCCGACGCGGGGAGCACUGGGGGGAGCACGAUCACGAACCUGGACGUGCUCUACGCGGUGCACACGACGCUCAUGGUGCCCAUCACGCCCGAGGAGUGGGAGGCGCUCGGGCACGGGAGCAAGGCGCAGCAGAAGGUGACGCAGGCGUACGAGCGCCGCUGCACGCGCAUGGGCGGCGGCUGGGAGGGCGGCGUGCGCCGCAUCGACUGGCUCGGCGAGAAGACGAUCAUGGCCGGCGUCGAGGUCGACAAGGCUGCGGGCCACGGCGGCGCGGGCAAGCUCGUCUUCGCCCGGCCGUGA